AUGGCCCCGUCCAACGACAGGAGCGGGGGAGACCGCGGCGAUGGGAUUCUUGUCUCUGUGGCUCGGUUCUGGCGGAGGUCAUACGCUGCCGACUAUGUCGGAUUCGCAGCACUGUUGGCCGCCUACAUGGUGCUAGUCUUCUUCGUACAACCCUUCCACCGCAUGUUCUCCAUCAGCGACCUGGCCAUCUCGUUCCCGCACGCCGAGCACGAGCGCGUACCCGUGGCCAUGAACGUCGUAUAUGCGGCCGCGGUGCCGCUGGCCGUUGUGGUGGCCACCAACCUCGCGACGCGCGCCUCGGCCCACAAGCACCACGUCGCCAUCCUCGGCCUGGCCAUCGGCAUCAUCCUGACGACGUUCCUGACCGACGUGGUCAAGAACGCCGUGGGCCGGCCGCGGCCAGAUCUCCUCGCCCGCUGCAAGCCCAAAUCCGGAACCGCAGAGAACCGCCUCGUCGACUGGACCGUCUGCACCGAGACGCAGCAGCACCUGCUGCACGACGGGUGGAGGAGCUUCCCCAGUGGGCAUUCGAGUUUUUCGUUUGCCGGGCUGGGCUACACGGCGCUCUUCCUGGCCGGGCAGCUUAGGAUCUUUGCGUACGACGGGGAGAGGGAUGGGGAGGAGGACGGCAGUGGUGCUGGCAAGAUGGAGAGGGUGGUGUCGGCGGCGCACGGGAGGGGGUUGGGCGCGGCGCUGUUCUGCAUGAUCCCCCUGCUCGGAGCCACCAUGAUCGCCAUCAGCAGGUGUCAGGACUACAGGCAUGAUGUCUACGACGUUUGCACGGGCGCGCUGCUGGGGUUCGUGGUUACGUACUGGAGCUACAGGCGGUACUGGCCGAGGUUGGGAAGCUACCGGUGUUCGGAGCCGUGGCCGAGCCCAGGGGCGGUGGAGGAUCGGGGGAAGGGGUAUGCUAGGAUGCGGAGGGACGAGGAGAGUGCUGUCAGGGGAGGCGGUGGUAGUUCUGCGGGCUACAGUGGUGGGUACGAGAUGAGGAUCAUGGAGAGAUGA